ACAGAGGAUGGCACUACGAAGUCAGAGUGCCAGUGGCUCUGUUGGGAGUGUGACGCCCUUGAGCUCCAUUUCGAAAGUGGUUAUUUGAUUUUUUUUUUCUCUCUUAUUCUCUUUCUUUUUUGUGUGGAAAGAAAGUGACUUGUUUGGGAUGUGUUUUCUCUCUCCGUUUUCUUCGAGGGCGGCAGGGGAGACUCUCAAGGCGCUGGUGGUAAGAUGGGUCGUCCUAUCCCUCCUAAGCGCCGUUUGCUCUGCUGAAUAUACUUCGCUGAAGGAAACGGCUCCAGGAUGUCAGAGCUCGGAUGAUCAUCUCGAAUGUAAUGUGACCAACUGUACCGAGGGGGUGAAGUUUGACACUGACGACUGGUCGGGAAAGAAAACCAAGAACAUCACAGUGACGGGAGCGAAGGCCCUUCAUCUGAUCUCUCAGCGAGGUGUGGAAAGAAUAGUUUGGUAUUUCGUCGACUGUUCGGACGUGAGAGUGGACGAUCCAGGCAGCGAUCCUCUCGCCCACCUGCGCGUUACUAACUCGAAAGUCACGAGUAUCACCAGGGUCGCCGGGGUUCUUAAAGGAACCGGGUCCGUCUUCGAGAAGGUGAACAUCGAUAGCAUUCAUCAGUUUGAUUUCCACCAGUCGCAGAUUUCCCGACUGGCCAUCCGCGCCACUCAGAAGAAGUCUACGAUCAUCGAGUCUGAAGUGGAGGUCGUGGACUUCUUAGAGGUCGAAGGUCAGUUCCUCUUCGAGAUAACACAAAGCAACAUCACGGAGAUCAAAAAGUUUAUCUUUAACACAACGGAUAACGAUUCCCGCAUCGUCGGUACGAAUAUCGGGACCAUAGGGCGGGAGGGCUUCGUGGUUUCCGGCAAUAAGCUGCUGCUGGAGGAUGUCAAGAUCACGACCCUGGCUCCUAGGGCCUUCCUCGUCCGCAGCAACCUCGUCUUACGGAACAGCCAGAUCCAGCACGCCGAGAGCGACAGCUUUGUGCUGGAAAAUGGGAGCAUCGAUUUAGAGAACGUGAUGAUCGGGGACAAGAACGUGUCGUUCAGUAUCGACAAAGCCAGCGGGGGACUGCUCGUGUUGGCGCUCAUACUUCCUCAAUCCUCAAACGCAACUGGAAUUGCUGUAGGAAUACCGCUGAGUCUCCUCUUUGGCAUCCUUUGCGGAGCAGGCUUGGCGUACCUUAUCCUGCGAAGGAGAAUGCAAGGCCAGGACCGUUCGCAGGAUAACAUGGAGUUGCUUCCGAGCACGGACCCCGUGCCCGCCCUUCUCUCCAACCCCCGCCGCCCACCCCGACCACAGCACCAGACCCUUCAGGAGGAAAAGGACCUUAGCGACGACGAAAUCUAUGAGGAAUACGAUGAGGUCACCAACCAAGCCCUGCCCCUCCGAAGCGUCAACCUCCUGCCGGGGAGCCACUUGCUCAAACCUUCCAACCACCUCUCGCCUCCGGCCGGCGCGCACUCGAACGGCGGUCCUCCUGCCCCCUCGCUGGCCGCGCUCGCCCCGCCCCCCGGAACUUCCUCGGCGAGAGAGCCCAUCGCCUCAGCCUCCGAGCAGGGAAGGGGCUCCUCUACCGAACAAGCCGCCCCCGCCCGCCCGCCAGCCACCCGUGUCCGAGAACAAGCCACAGCUGCCCAAGCCACAGCUGCCCAAGCCCAUCAGCAAACCCGAAGAGACGUCCUCGGCAGGCGACUGCGAGCUGGAGAUCUACGACGAGGUCAGUGAGCAGUAUGUCCCUGCGCCGCCACCGACUGCCCAGCGCCCUCCGAUCCCCGGGGGCAAACCGUCCUUCCUUCACAGGGGCAACGAAGCCCAAACCAGCCCGCGAUCUCCCCCUGGGGUCGACCCUGAGAAGUCACGUUUCGUACUUCCAGGGUUGCCGAAGGGACGGGUUGAUCCGCCCGGGCCGAAACCCCCUGGAAACGCAGUAGGGCCGCCAGCUCCCCUGGCUCGCCCGUGGGGGAAGCCACGCACUCCACAGUGGCCUCCUGUCACACCCUCCAAGCCGCCGCCGCCGCCCUCCGAGCUGAAACCUUCGUCGGGGAGCGUCAGCGUCGAGGACGACGACGAAGCCAUCUACGAAACGGUGCCGGAGUGAGUUGUCAGUUUAGGAAAAGUCGAGACUGAUGGAGGCAAUGAAGGAGAAAACUGAAUCCGUUGCCAGUAGAAAGGGGAUAUAGACACACACUCACUCUCACUCUAACUCUAACUUACUCACUCACUCACUCUCUCUCUCUCUCUCUCUCUCUCUCUCUCUCUCUCUCUCUCACACACACAUACACACACAAGUAUCUGUACAUAUAGUUGCAUACGUACUUUGUAUGUUUUGGUGGUAAAUAAGCCUGGUACUCGAUGUGACAAGAACCUGGAUAACAAGUAAACUGCCACUCAGAAGAAAAAGAAAAGGAAAAACGAAAAGAAAAAGAAGAAGAAGGAGAAACGAGUGCCAUCCGACAAUAAGGCGAAUGUACAUAAUUCCCUCAACCUCCUGUACAAAACGGCUGUUGGCAACUUUUCCUCACUUCAUAUCCUAUCAUUUAUAUGCAUAUAUUUUGCAUGUUUCUUGUUCUUGUUACAGAUAUUCUUUAUUUCUCUACCUUAUGUACAUAUAUAAUUUCCUUGGCAUCCGCAGCAAAUUUGGUCUGUUUUACGUUGUUAUGAUUGUAAUUAACUGAUAGAUUAAAAGCUUAUCUUUAUUAUCA